AUGAGCCUCCGCCGGGAGGAGGAGGAGGAGGAGGACCCGUGGGGCCGCCUCGGGGGGGAGGAGGAGGGCUGGGACCUGUCCUUCUCGGGCGCCGGCUUCCUGGGCCUCUACCAUGUGGGGGUGACGCACUGCCUGAGCCAGCGCGCCCCACGCCUCCUGCAGGGCGCGCGCCGCAUCUACGGCUGCUCCUCCGGGGCGCUCAGCGCGCUCAGCAUCAUCUGCGGCAAGUCUGUGGACUUCUGCUGCUCGAACCUGCUGGGCAUGGUGAAGCGGGUGGAGCGGCUGAGCCUGGGCGUCCUGCACCCGGCCUACGCGCCCAUCGAGCACAUCCGGCAGCAGCUGCGGGACCACCUGCCGGGCGACAGCCACGUCCUGGCCUCCCGGCGCCUGGGCGUCUCCAUGACCCGCUGGCCCGACGGCCGGAACUUCAUCGCCACGGACUUCGCCACGCGGGAGGAGCUCAUCCAGGCCCUGCUCUGCACGCUGUACUUCCCCUUCUACUGUGGGACGAUCCCCCCGGAGUUCAGAGGAGAGCGCUACUUUGACGGGGCUCUGAGCAACAACCUGCCGUUCUCCGACUCGCCCUCCGCCAUCACCGUGUCGCCCUUCCCCGGGACGGUGGACAUCUGUCCCCAGAGCGGCUCCGCCAGCCUGCACGAGCUCAACGCCUUCAACGCCAGCCUCCAGAUCUCCACCGCCAACGCCUUCCUCGUCUUCCUGUCCCUCGUCCCCCCCAAGCCCGAGGUGCUGGCUGACAACUGCAGACAAGGCUACCUGGACGCCCUGCGGUUCCUGGAGACACGAGGACUCACCAGGGAGCCCCUGCUGUGGUCGUUGGUGUCGAAGGAGCCUCCAGCCCCGGUGGAGGAGCCCCAGGGAGGCCCUCGUGUCCAGGGCCGGCAGGUUGGCCUGUCGGUACGCUGGGAUGUGCCCAGGGUGCUGGUGAAGGAUGUGCCCAACUUUGAGCAGCUGGCACCAGAGCUGGAGACCGCUCUCCGGAAGGCCUGCAGGAGGGACCCCGGGCUCUGGGCCCGCUUCCGGGGCUCGGUGCCCGGGCGGGCACUCACGUACCUGCUGCUGCCCUGCACGCUGCCCUUCGAGUACGUCUACUUCCGGAGCAGGCGGCUGGUGCUGUGGCUGCCCGAGGUGCCCGCUGACCUGCACUGGAUGGGGGCCCAGCUGAGAAGCGCAGCCCUGGAGGUCUGCAGCAGUCUGUGCGCACAGCUCCUGGGGCUGGGCAGGCCGCACGUUCCCAGCCCGGUGGACUCCUGUCUCCCCCAGCCCCAGGCGGCUGCUUCUGUGGACCCCGCCACAGAGCCCAGCUCCACCCAGCAGACCUGAGGAGUGCUGGGCAGGGC